CCUGAUCUGCAGCUGCCUCAGCCGGUGUCCUAUGUUGGCCGCUGCCGCGGCUGCUACUGCCGUCGAGGCUAGUGCCGGCUGCAGCACGGGCACUCAACAAGGCCAGUCGGGCUCACCUCAGGGACCCAUGGCGGUGCCAUGGCCUGUCUGCCCCGUGGACUUGCUUAACCUUAUACACCUGCAACGGAGCACGUUGGCGCGUAGUCCUGCUCUGGCGUCGUCUGCGCUAUUGCUACUGGAUGCAGCAAGCGGCGCCAGCAGUAGCAGCGCCAGCAGUAGCAGCUGCGCCACAAGGCUGCAGUGCGGCCUCAUUCGUGCCGUGCUGCCGGCAGCGACUGCGUCAGCUUGCGCCAUCACGGGUGCGACGGGUGGUGACAGCGGCAGUGGCAGCGAUGGCGCCGCAUUGCGCAACAGCAACUCCGCCGUGGGGCGCGCCAGCGCCGCCAUCACGUUGACGACAGCCGGGUCGGUCGGUCAGCCCGCAUCGCUGCUGCAAAGACUGGAGGCCCUGCUGGACGUGUGUGCGCCCGAGCUUGCGCUGUUCGCGGCUCUGCAGCUGGCGGCGGCUAGAGCUGCCGGGCAACAGGGGGCGGAUGCAUCAGCGGAGGGUUCAGCCCAGCAGCAGCAGGGGCUAGUGGAAGACGUGAUCAUGAUGGCUGCCGCACUCGCCGCAUGCCCACCGCUUACGCAAGAGACCAUAGAUGCCUGCCUAGCGCAAGGCAGCACUAGCAGCAGUAGCAGUAGCAGCAAUGGAAGCAGUAGCGAUGACGGCGCCUGGGGGCUUGGGCCAGCAGUGGCGCCCAUGGAUGCAGGCGACCAGUGCCUGCCCGCAGCUGCGGUGGUCUCGCCGGAGGUCUGGUCGUUGACUGGCGCCUGGUAUCAGGCGGCACCCAGCAGCAGUCCUGGCGCAGCGGCCGGUGGCAGCCUUAAUGGCAUCAGCGGCGGCGUGAGUGCCGCGAGCGGCGGUGCCGGUGGUGCCAGCAGGGGCGGCAUCACGUGGCGGGCGGGCUGCUCCUGCACUCAGGACUGGGCGCCCGUGUGUGACGUGGUCACGGGGCAGCAGUACCCGAACGCCUGCUUCGCAAGCUGCCUGGGCACGGCUCAGCGGGUGGGCCUUUGUAGCAAGCUGGUCCAGCCCGCGUGCGCGCUCAGCCCUGCGCCUGAGCCAAGCCAGCCUAAACCGGCGGCGGCGCCGGCGUCCAGGAACAGCAGCCAGCAGCCACCACCCGAGCAGGCGAGCCUCGCGGCGGCACGAGCAGCGUGGCGGAACAUCUUCUCGGCACGUGUGCCCGUGGCCACAGCGGCCAUAGGCCCAGCGGUGGAGGCGGAGGCGGAGGCAGAGGCACGGCGGCUGUUCCUAGCCCACAACGCAGAGCCGCCGCCCGCUGCAAGCGCUGCUGAGAUGGCUCAGAGCUCCAGCGACCUAUCAGCUUCAAGUACUGCUGCCGUGUUCUCAGCUGUGGGUGUUGUGGUCUUGAACAGCCUCUUGGCAGAGCUGCUACAGCCGGCGGUGGAGCUCUUGCUUGCUAGCGGCAGUAGCAGCGGCGCCCUGCAAGACGCUGCCGCCGCUGGGGCCGGGGAGAGUGACCCCGCCGAAAGCGCGCUUGCAAGGCGCCUGCAUUUGCUGUACCUGCUGUCAGCAGCGGCCGCGCCCGACGCGUCGGACCAAGAGCCAGCAGAGACGGCCGUGGGACCAGAGGCGCCCGUGGCCGGAUGAGGGCUGUGCCUGGACCGGCUGUCGUUGUGGACGGACUGCGGUAUCUGGGAACGAAAGCGGGGAGCCCCUGUCGAUGUGGUUGGACCAACCGUACCGUAAUUGUUAUUAGAACGCAGGGUUCGGGAAGCGGGCGGGAAAGUGGAGCGGAAGUGUGCAGAUGUGCGUGGUGUUGCAGUUGAUGAGCGUUCUAGGUCAGAUCAACAGAGUGUGGGCCAUAUCGGCAACAACGGGCUGCCGUCAACUGUGUAGGGUAGCUACCGAAACAAAACCGCACGGACGGAAGUUCCGGACGGACGGAAGUACAUGAUAUGAACGAAUGGACUGUCGCGCUUCUGAUGCUCGAAUGACUGGGUAGAAUGCCUCGAAGAAAGGGGUGCGUGUGUUGCUGGGAUACGUGUGGGUUUGAGACCAGGUCACGGAGG